AUGUCGGACGUCCCCGCCGACGCCCGUUCGCCCGGACCCGCGGACGCGACGGAGCUCACCCUGCGCGCGCGUCUCGUCGCCGCCACCGUCGCCGCGGGCGUCGCCGCCGUCGUGACGAAUCCUUUGGAUGUGCUCAAGACGCAGAUUCAGGCGAAUCACGCUUUAUUGGGCUCGCACGCGCGCGAUUACGCCUGUCCCACGGCGUGCGCGACCACGGGGGUGAGCUCCGUCAAGUGCGCGCCCGCGUGCGAGCUCCCGACGCGCGUCGGGGACGUCGCGCGACGCAUCGUCCGAGAACACGGCGCGCGGGGAUUCUGGCGAGGCACCGGCGGAGCGCUCGCGAGCGCGUUUCCAACGGUAGGUAUCUAUCUCCCGUGUUAUGAUUACGCCGUCGAAGCGUUAGUGCGCGAUGGGAUGGAUCGAGAUAUCGCCCCGGCGGUGGCCGGGGGGGGGGCGCGGACGUUGGCGGUGAUGGCGACGGCGCCGCUGGAGCUCGCCCGCACGCGCGUCUUGGCGACAAAGCGAGGAAGCGGCGGCGUCUUGGGUGAGAGCGGUGGACGGGCCUUCGUGGGAGCUCUGAGAGAGAGCGCUAGGGGUACGAGCGGAAGGUUUAGCGGGGCGAGAGGGAUGUGGACGGGCGUGGGACCGACGCUCGCGAGAGACGUCCCGUACAGCGCGGCGUAUUGGUUCGCCGUCGAGCGGUGUCGAACGUAUCUCACGAGCGUCGACGGGGGAGGAGAUCUUCGAGAUCGAUCGGUUCGAGAGGCGGCGGCGAUCAAUUUUGUGAGUGGAUGCGCCGCGGGCACCGUCGUGGCGGCGGCGACGACGCCGCUGGACGUGGUGAAGACUCGGGUGCAGAUUCGCGACAUUGCGCCGACGAAUUUCGCGUCUUCGACGGAAACGGCUCCGGGAAUAUCAAACAGAGGAAUCGUCGGCGAGCUCGUGAGCGUCGCUCGAAUGGGUGGGAUCGAGGCUUUGUACGCGGGAUGGGGGGCCAGGGCGGCUCGAGCGGCCCCUACGGGAGCCAUCGUACUCGUCGCUUACGAGCUCGUUAAACGCUUAAACUGA